AUGGUGGAGGAGAGCGCUGGGGGCGCAGCGCGGGGGUCUCGGCGGGUUCCCUGCCGGCCCCCCCCGGCCCCCAGCCCCAAAAGGCUGUGGAGCGUGGAGCGCUCCGGGAGGGGCUGGCGCCUGGAGCGCCCCGUGGGGGUGGAUUGCAGCUCCCCCGAGCCUCGCUGCAUUUGGCUGAGCAGCCUCCGCCGCCACGCCGCCACCCCCGACCCCCGCCCGCCCCCGGGACCCCGGCCCGGCCGAGGCCUCAGAACCGAGCGGUGCCGCCGGCCAACGCCGGGCCGGAGAGAUGGGGCGUCCCCGAACGCCAACGCACCCCCGGAGGGGGGGUCCUUCCCCUGGGUGGGGCCCAAGACGGUGGCGCUGCGCAAGAGCCCCCAGGGGGGCUUCGGCUUCACCCUCCGCCACUUCAUCGUGUACCCUCCGGAAUCGGCCGUGCACCCCGCCAAGGAGGAGGAGAAUGGGAACCGAGCAGCAGGUCCCACCCGGAGCCGCCUGGAGCCCAUGGACACGAUUUUCGUGAAGAACGUGCGGGAGGACGGGCCCGCGCACCAGGCGGGGCUGCGCACGGGUGACCGGCUGGUCAAGGUGAACGGGGAGAGCAUCAUCGGCAAAACCUACUCGCAGGUGAUCGCCCUGAUCCAGAACAGUGACGAUGUGCUGGAGCUCUCCAUCAUGCCCAAGGAUGAGGACAUCCUCCAGCUGGCCUAUUCCCAGGACGCCUACCUGAAGGGCAACGAGCCGUACUCUGGGGGGGCUCAGAGCAUCCCCGAGCCCCCUCCCAUCUGCUACCCACGCAAAACGUACCCCUUCCAGGCCCGGGGUUCCGAGCCCACCCCGAUCCAGCCGUCGGACCCCCGAGCCCCCCGCCCGGCCACCACCGCGGGUCCCUCGUCCCCUCUGGGCGCCCGCAGUGACACCGGCGGCAGCCCCGCUCACCGCCCCGAGGAGCCGCAGCCUGGGGGUCCCCCCCCGCGCCCCACCGCACCCCACGGGCACCCCGGCUCCUUCUCCCGCCCCAACAUCGCAUCCUCCGUGCCCGACCGCUACGGGAUGUCCCCGACGACCACCGCCACCUCCUACGGCGUCCCCAAGCACCUCCCGGAGCACCGGACUCACUGCGGCUUCAAGGAGGCUGUCGGGGGGUUCUCGGCAGCCGGGAGACCCCCCCGGGACGUGUCGGUGGUGGCCCAGCGUGUGCCCGGUCGCCAGGAGUGCCAGCAGGCGCUGUCGCGCUGGUUCUGCAGCCAGGAGCCGCGGCGCAGCGCCUCGGAGGAGCGGCGACACGCCAUGCCCCGCUACCGCAGCGUGUCCCACGACCGCCUCGGGGGCUCCGGGAGCGCGACAUCCCGGGGGUGGCCUCACAGCGCCUCUCACGAUACCCUCCUGCAGCCCAGCCGCGAGGGUUGGGCCCCCCGAGCCCGCUCCGAUCAUUACCUGGGCAGGUACGGGCGCUCCAUGGAGGCGCUGGAGCCCAGCGCGCUUCUCUCGCCGCACCUCGGACCCGAGAGGCUGUGCCGGGCCGCUGGCGCUGUGGCCACCACCGGGCAGCCCAUCCCACCCGGCUCCUUCGCUGCUUCCUCCUCUUCUUCCUCUUCCUCAUCGCGGGAACCCGCUCCGGUGCAGAAACACCCAUCGCAGCCCAACCUGCAGAGCGUGGAUGAUUCGGGCUACAUCGGCUACCGCAGCUACAGCCCGUCCUUCCAGCGCCGCACCGGGCUGCUGCACGCCCUGGCCUGUCGCGACCCGGCUUUUGGAGGGCUACCAACCUUCAGCAUCGCCCAGCGGGCAGUAGCCCCGCUCAGGGACAGCGUGGCCACCCCCGUCACCCUCCCUGUGGCCACCCCGGCGGUGUCCAGCGCGCCCCGGGAGGCGAGGCCCGAGGGUGGGCGAGUGUCCGAGCAGGCGGAGGAGCGCAGGGAGGAGGUGGUGCUGCGACAGAAGCCACCCACGGGGCGCAAGGUGCCCGCGCCGCUGAGGCAAAUGAACUUUGUGUUCGCCGAGGGGGUGAAGGACACGGACAUUGGGGACACCGCCGGGGCCGCGGGCAGAGGGGACAGGCCGGGCAGCGAGCGGCCGGGCCGGCGAGUGGCUCCUUUGGCGGCCCCCGAGGACUCGCUGGCGUCCAUUCCCUUCAUCGACGAACCCACCAGCCCCAGCAUCGACCUGAAGGCCAAGCACGUCCCGGCCUCCUCGGUGGUGUCCAGCGCCAUGAACUCGGCUCCCGCCGUGGCCACCAGCCCCGCCUCGCCCCCCUUCGCCUUCGCCCUGUCCCGGCACUACUCCCAGGACUGCAGCAGCAUCAAGGCUGGUCGCCGCUCCUCCUACCUGCUGGCCAUCACCACCGAGCGCUCCAAGUCCUGCGACGACGGCCUGAACGCAUUUCGGGAUGAGGGCAAGAUCCUAAGGAGGAUGCCCAGCCGGGUCCCCAGCCUCCGCAUGCUGAGGAGCUUCUUCACCGACGGGUCUCUGGACAGCCUGGGCACAUCCGAAGACGCCCGUUCCAAACGCCACUCCACCUCCGAGCUCUCGGACGCGCCCUUCAGCGCCGUGAGGAAGGAGGGCUGGCUCCACUGCAAGCAGAUCCUCACCAAAAAGGGGAAGAAGGUCGGCGGAGGCAUCCGGCAGUGGAAGCGCGUGUUCGCCGUGCUGCGCACGCACUCGCUGUACCUGUGCAAGGACAGGCGGGAGGCGGUGACCUGCGCCCCGGCCCCAGGUGAGGAGGAGCCGCCGAUCAGCAUCCAAGCGUGCCUGGUGGACAUCUCGUACAGCGACACCAAGAGGAAGCACGUCUUCCGCCUGACGACCGCUGACUUCUGUGAAUAUCUCUUUCAGGCAGAGGAUCGGGAAGACAUGCUGGCCUGGAUCAAAGUCAUCAGGGAGAACAGCAAGGCUGAGGGCGAGGACCCCGGUUUUGCCAGCCAAGCCCUUAUCAGCAAGAAGUUAAACGACUACAGGAAAGUGAGCCCUGCGGGCACCAAGCCCGACUCGUCACCCAAGGGCCCUCGUGGGCUGGGGAUCCGAGCCGAGUUCCUGAAGCAGACGGGAACCAGCGCGCCCCGGUCCCCCAGGCAGGACGUGGCUGUCACAAAAGAUGAAAGCAGCUCCCAAAAAGCCCCCUGGGGCAUCAACAUCAUGAAGAAGAACAAGAAAUCCGCCCCUCGCGCCUUCGGCGUCAGGCUGGAGGAUUGUCAGCCUGCCCCCGACAACAAGAACGUGCCCCUGAUCGUGGAAGCGUGCUGCAAGGUGGUGGAGGACCGGGGGCUGGAGUACAUGGGAAUCUACCGUGUGCCCGGCAACAACGCCGUGGUGUCCAGCCUGCAGGAGCAGCUCAACAAAGGAGCCACCGAGAUCAACCUGCAGGACGAGCGGUGGCAGGACCUGAACGUCAUCAGCAGCCUCUUGAAAUCCUUCUUCCGAAAGCUGCCCGAGCCCCUCUUCACCGACGAUAAAUACAACGACUUCAUCGAAGCCAACCGGAUCGAAGACGCCAGCGAGAGGAUGAGGACGCUGAGGAAGCUGAUCCGGGACCUGCCAGGCCAUUACUACGAGACCCUCAAAUUCCUGGUGGGCCACCUGAAAACCAUCGCUGACCACUCGGAGAAGAACAAGAUGGAGCCCCGGAACCUGGCACUGGUGUUUGGUCCCACGCUGGUGAGAACGAGCGAGGACAACAUGACCGACAUGGUGACGCACAUGCCCGACCGCUACAAGAUCGUGGAGACCCUCAUCCAGCACUCAGACUGGUUCUUCAGCGACAAGGAGGACAAGGGUGAGAAGACCCCCGUGGAUGAGAAGGAGGCUCAGUCCGUGCCCAACAUCGAGUACCUGCUGCCCAACAUCGGCAGGACGGCGGCGCCCGGCGAUGCCGCAGGCUCGGCCCGCAGCGGCUCCGCCAAACCGAAGGUGAGAGGGGUCUCGGAGCGGGGCUGGCAGGGUGGGGACGCGGGGAUGGGGACACUCAGCGUGUCCCCGUCGGUGUCACCGCCACCCCUGACCCCGCUGUCCCCUCUGUCCCCGCUGUCCCAGGGCACGUGGCCAUCGCGCAAAGCUCCGCCGCACCGGGAGCUCCUCGCCAUCCCCUUCGUCUCGGCCGCCGCCCGCAAGAGGAAGAAGAGGAGAGAGGCCGAAGGCGUUGGGAGCAGCACCGACGACGACGCGGAGCGCAGGGACAGCCCGGGCCGGCAGCAAGAGCGGGAGGUGACACCUGGCAAAGCCCCCAGGGCCACCAGCACCGAGCCGGCCACCCCCGGCCCGGCGGGGCUGCAGCGAGAAUGUUCCAGCGGCUCCGAAGCCGCUCCCGACGCUCGUUCCAUCGUGUCCGGCUACUCCACGCUGUCCACCAUGGACCGCAGCCUGUGCUCCGUGGCCGGGAGCCGCGGGGACGAGGCGGAUGACGAGCGCAGCGAGCUCAGCCACAUGGAAACGGACACGGAGAGCCGCGAGGGAGCCCGACAGCGAGCGGGACAGGCCGGAGUGGCCACGGGGACAGGCGACGAGGACAAGUCACCCCUGAACCGCCCUUCCUUCAACUCGCACCGCCUGAUCCAAUGCGACACGCUGGCCCGCAGGAAAUUAGGGAAAUGUCCCCCAGCGGUGACCAGCGGCGACGAGCAGAGCUGGGUGGCCCCGGGGCGAGCGUCGCUGCGGGGGCAGCUCCGGCAGCAGCUGCGCGGUUCGGCCGAUGACAUGGGGGACAUCAUGGGGGACAUCAUGGGGGACAUCAUGGGGGACACGGGGGUCCGCCUGCGCCGGGGACAUUCCCCCGAGACUCGCCGCAAGAAGAGCAGCUGGCGCCGGCACACGGUGGUGGUGCCCGGUGGCCUCAAGGACCUCAACUUCAACGAGUGGAAAGAACCGCGGGGACUCGAGGGGACACCGGCACCCUGUCGCGACAAAGACUCGGGGCUCAGCAGCCUGGAGUCCACCAAAGCCCGGCCCGCGGUUCCCGGCCCGGCUCCUCCUGGCAGUGCUGGCCCAGGCACGGCCACCAAGAGCCCCCCGGGUAGCCCCGGUCGCCCCCUGCGCUUCCCGCAGUGUCUCUGA